AUGUGCUCAGGGACAUCCCCCUUGGCAUUCCAUGAUGCAUUGCAAGGUGUUACUCCUACAGUUACCCCUCAGCACUCCGACACUGAACAGACACCAGAUCUAGCUGCUGCGGUCGUUGAUGAGGAAACCAGAAGGAGAUCCCGUUGCCCGCCUGUCGUGAACCACCAUCACUUAGUUGCCUUCACAUCAAUUUUAAGGAAGCAUUAUGCUCUUGGCAUGGUGCAGGCCUUGUCGAAUGAUGUCAUAUAUUUUCGUCAAGCUAAUUAUGCUGAGAGUACUAAGAAGAACUACCGUACAUAUCUUACUACUUAUAAAAAAUAUUGUUACAUGCUGUCUGUGCCUUUAGUCCCGGCCACUACUAGUUUUUUGUGCUUAUAUGCAGCCCAUCUUGCCAAGUUUCUUCUGCCACAGUCACUUCGUUUGUAUAUUUCGUUCGUUGGUUUAUUACAUAAGGAAAUGGGGUUUCCUAAUCCGCUUAAUGAGAACUGGAUACUGUCAUCAGUCCUCAAGGGUAUUAGACGAGUGUUGGGAGUCCCUCCUCGACCUCGUCUGCCUAUUACCCCAGAUUUAUUGGUUCAGAUCCGUUCACGCCUUAAUCUUAACUGUAGUUACCAUGCCUCAUUUUGGGCUAUUUGUGUAGUUGCAUUUUUUGGGUUAUUUCGUAAGGUACAUUUGUUGCCAGUUUCAUGUAAUACCUUUAAUCCUGGGAGGCAGUUUACCAAGUCAGACUUCUCCUUUUCAAACUCAACUGUUUACAUAGCCGUUCGCUGGAGCAAGACCAUUCAACUAGGACAGCGUAUUAUUACUGUACCUUUGUUGGCUGCUCCCAAAUCUAUAUUUUGUCCAGUAACCGCUAUACAACAUGCAUUUUCAUUUACGGCUGGGGCUCCUAAAACCACCCAAGUAUUUUGCUGGUUAGGGGAUUCAACUACCAUACCUAAUGUCUUCACAUAUAAGUCCUUUAUGACUUGUAUGUCUCGGAUCCUCUCAGAAAUCGGCAUUCCUCCUGAGCAAUAUGGUACCCACUCGUUCCGUCGUGGGGGUGCUACCUUUGCUCUGGAGGCUGGAGUGUCAUUGGAUGUUAUAUCCCUUUUGGGUGACUGGAAGUCAGAUUCCAUGUUCUUAUAUCUCCAUAUGCCUUUAUCUCAGCGAAUAUCUGCCCAGCGUGCUAUGGCAUCACACCUACCUCCUAUUUCCUAA